CCUUUUGGAAUAAUUACUAUAGACUUUAUUACUAACCUAUCUAAAUUAAAUAGGUACGACUCACUCCACAUAGUAAUAGAUAGAUUUAUUAAAACAGUAGUAAUCACACUAUAUAAGAAAACCAUUAAUUUAGAUAGAAUAGCUAAAAUCCUACUUAAGAAUGCCUAA